GAUACACGAAACAACCAUCUAUUAUUAAGGGAUUAUUGAAGGAAAAAUCCGGCGGGUCCCUCUCUUUUAAAAAACAAACAAAAACAAAGCAAAACUAGAGAAGCCCUCCGAACUUUGUCAUGGUUCAACUUCUCGAGUGAGAGACUCAACCUGUGGGGAUGAGAGGCGGUCGGCUAUUGCAGCGUUCGUGGCUGUGGGCUCGUUGACUCUCUCUGUGUGGGCUCAGGAUGGCGCAGGGAGGUUCUCAGCUAGACUACCACAUCCUGCAGGACCUCAAGCAGCGCUUCCCGGAGAUCCCGGAGGGUGUUGUCUCCCAGUGCCUUCUGCAGAACAACAAUAACCUGGAUCUCUGCUGCCACCUGCUGACUCAGGAAAGUAACAGAUACCUCUAUGGGGAGUUCCAUCACAGUCCUGAGGAGGUGCGCCUGAGCCGGAACCACAUGCUACACAUCAGUCUGGGUUAUCCGCCUGCAGAGGCCAGCCAGGCCAAUGGAGGUGCAGGGAGGGUGGGGCGCUCUUUAGUGCACAGCUCCAGCGACACCCACAUCGAGCCUCAGCGACCCAACUUCCCUGAGCCCCUCUCGGCCCCUGCGGCCAUGGCCCCAUCAGCGGGGUACAACCCCUUCUUUAUGAACGAUCAGAGUCGCUCAGCCAGCACGCCCACACCUCCACCCACCAUGCCGGGAAUGUCCCCCACCUACUCCCCUAUCCCACGCUAUACCAUGAACCCUAUUUCGGUCACCCUGCCUCAGAAUAUACCCAACGCCCCACAGGCCCUGCAGAUACCCCCUGGGCAUUAUGGCAACAGCACCAACACCACCCUCUACAUCCGCCCCUCGCCAUCCCAGAGCCCUCAACCAGCUCCCUGGCCCUCAUCUGGCACACCUGUGUAUCAGCAUCAGCAGUCCCCCUAUAGUACACCCACUUAUGGUUCCCCUUACAGCUCCCCCCAGCACCAGGUCCAGCCCCAAGGUCAGCCCCAGGCACAGCACCAAGCCCAGGCACAGCCUCAACCCCAGCACCAACAGUAUGUCUUCCUCCCCAUCAGCUCCCCAACCCUUCCCACCUUACCCUACCUCCACCAGCAGCAGCAACCCCAGGCGCAGCCCCCCCUCUACCGGCCCUACCUCUCCAAGACCUCCCUCAAGAACCAGAUUGAGAUCACACUGGAGGGUCCGCGGCCACGCAGCAGCUCCCCCGUGCAUAGCCCCCACCCACAGGCCGCCCUCUACAUAGCCACUAGCCCCUCCCCAAGCUCACCGUCAAGGGGCAUCAGUAUGAGCGGACCCACGGGUCCCGCCGCCUUCCAUCCAGGGAUGUACCUGCAGCACCAGGGUCCAGCACGGCCCCGGCCAGCCUCUUCUCCCCAGCCGGGCCAGCCGGCCUACACCUUCAAGAUCAAAGUCUCCCCGGGCGGCCAGGCCCAGAGGCCACCAAGCUCACCGCCGGUGGCUGAGGCAGAGUCUCUCCUCAACAUAGUGGAUCAGGGAGAGCAUAAUGCUGCACCCCCACCAAUCCUUCCCAUCUCUGCCCUGCCAGGGAGUGUUGCCAGCCAGUUUCAGCACAUGCCGCGGCGUUCUAGCUCAGGCUCCGAUGACUACGCCUAUACUCAAGCCCUCCUGCUCCACCAGCAGGCCAGGAUGGAGCGGCUGCUGAAGGAACUGCGGUUGGAGAGGCAGAAACUGGAGCAGCUGAAGGCAGAUGUGAACAACAUGGAGUAUGACGCCCUCCAGAGACGCUUCAGACGCGUUAAUUCCACCAGCCUGAUCCCCAGACCUGAAGAGAUGACCCGAUUGCGGAGUCUGAACAGACAACUCCAGAUUGAUAUCGACUGCACCCUGAAGGAGACAGAUCUGCUGCAGUCUAGAGGGAAGUUUGACCCGAAAGCCAAGAACAAUUUUUAUGACAAUAUCGAGCCCGGUCCUGUUGUACCACCCAAACCGGGCAAAAAAGAGGUGGAGCCGGGCCCUAAAUCGGUGGGGGCCCCGCAGCGGGACGAGGACUUCGAGGGGGCUCAGUGGAACUGUGAAAGCUGCACCUUCCUCAACCACCCUGCACUCAACCGAUGUGAACAGUGCGAGAUGCCGCGCUACACCUGAGCCUGGCGCUGCGUCGCCGUGCCCAGUCCUCUGCCCCGCCCCCUUUUAAACUCUCAUUCUGAAUGGAACUUCCUCCCUAUGUCUACGGGCCCGUUCCCCUGUCAGUCUAUGAAUCAGACCCUCCUACCUGCUGAGGAAGAGCCACUACCCCAUCCUACCCCUACAACCCCUGCCUUCCAACUCCACCCCCCACCUUAGAUCCCCACCACCAACUUGCACCAGAAUCUCCUGCUCCCUGGCUCUCUUUAGAGGAACCUCUGUGCACUUUGACCCUUGUUUCCAUUCUCAGACGACAACGCUUUUCCAGGGGGAUAGCAGCAGGGAGACUGUUCCCAUGGCGAUGUUGUUUUUUUUUUCCUCUUUGAUUUAAAAAAAAAAGGGAGUGACAAGCUGCGACCUGGAUAGCAGGUGGGUGGGGCUACUGAUCAAUCAGAACGAAUGAGAACUAGGAAGAGGAGCCGUUUUACCGAGUGAACAUUCCGCGCAAAAAGGGUGACUGUCCUGUUUACACACGACUUGCACCCAUUCCUGACUCAACAGAAAAAAAUUGAGGCACUUACCCCUUUUUCACCAGGAAUUGCAACUCCUCUACUGGGACAAUGAACGAAUGCAAUGGCAUAGAGGGUCUGACUAAUACAAUAUGUAGACUGUACACUGUAUCUGGCUCUGUAUAAGAGCUCCUUUCAUUGAAUGAAGAACACUAAAGAGACUCGCCUAUGACAUAUUCCUGGUACUUUUAUGCAUAUUACGCCACACUGUAUUCCAUGUCCGAAAAGAUGUUGAUAUCCUGUGCAAAUGCCUCAAGUUGCUGUACUUAAUAAAGGAGCU